UGUCAUGUACGUUAUGACGUGCUGUUACGAUAUAACCAUAAAUUCAUUGGUAUAAUAAGAAAGAAAGACACAGAUGAAAUUAUAAUAUAUUUAUAUUAAUGGCUAAUUCAAUCAUAAAUUCAAAUACAGAACUUCGAAAGUUACAACCAGCACAUAAAUAUGCGCUUGCAGAAAUACUAAAUGUUUCUGACUCAUGGAAACAAUUAAUGGCAAUUAUUCCACGAGAUGAUACCAAUGCACCAAGGUUUAAUAGUGAACAUAUUAGCAUUAUUGAUCAAGUAGCAGAAAAACAUCGAGAAAAUGGUGCGAAAAUUUUACUGGAAGAAUGGAGUACAAUGGGUAGAUUAAGACCUACGUUGGGAAUAUUACUUAAUCUUCUUAUUGAAGCAGAAUUAUUUAGAGCCGCUGAUUAUGUUGCUGGUGAAAUUUUAAAAGUUGAUUUACCAAAGCGACCAGAGUACGGGCCUGCUGCAAUUAUUGAUAUUUCAGAUAAUACUUUAGCAAAACUUAUGCAUGAUAAAAUUCAAUUGAAUAACAAUGAAAAUGGUAAAUUGUCGCAAACGGUUGAAUCGUUGUCAUCGUCAUCUUCAUCGUCAUCAUGCAGAGUCAACGUCGGAGAGAUUAUACAUUUUUCAAAUGUUGCGGAUCUUAUGGAUCCUUGUUUAAUAAGAAAUAAUACAGAAAGUAUGGAAACUUUGGGAAAAUGUAAUGCCAAAAAAGAAGAUAUACAUUUGGUCGCUAACGAUAUUAUUAUAUCGUCUGUUGAUAAUGUUAAUAAAGAUUUAGAAGUAUCAUCUAAAGAAUUACCAUUGUUUUUACAAAACUUUGGUCAAAUAGAAAAUCUUAAUGAAAGUGUUCAAUCGCAUGAAAUCCCUGUUUUUGUAAAUGGAAGUGCCUUCGUAUCAGACAAAUCUGUAAUUAAAAGUAAUGAUGAUAAUAGGACAAAUAUAACAAAUAUGGAUAACACAAGUAGUUCAACCAGUUACAAUUUUGAUUUGACAAAUAGAGAAGAUCGGGAAGGUAGUAUGAAUUGUCAAUUUCAAUCUGAGGUAAUGUCCUCUUUGUUACCACAAUUUGUAAAUGAUUGGACAAAUAAGAAUACUUGAAAAGAAACGCAUAACACGUAUAUUACACAUCGGAAUAUAACGAAUUCUGAAGAUCUGCCGCUUACAGUACUGGAGUAUAACAGAUAAUAAUUUUGGAUUUAUUUGUAAUAUAAAUUAUUCCAAUAUGUAUAUUGAUAUACAGGUAACCCUCAAACAACACGGUAUCUCAUGACACGGGUUCGCUAUAACACGAUUCAUAAAUCUGCGGGAACCCCCCUACAACACGGCAUUCUAUAAAACUGUUUUCUCUUUCAAAAAACCUUUGUACAACACUGUACUUCUACAGCCGCGGCAAGGCUUGCCGUCUUAAAGAUAUAGUUUUGCGAAAAGUAUUUUUUUUCAUCUCCAUGGCCUGAAAACAAAAGUGUUUCACGCUGUUGUGAACUGAAAACAUAAAUGCGUGUUGAAAGAAGAUAUGGCUCUCUUCAGUUAAAAUAGAUAACGUGCGUGAAUCAUCACAAAAUGAAAUUGGUGGCAUAUUAGAACUUGCUAAAUCAAUCGGAGGCGAAGGUUUUGUGGAUAUGGCUAUUGUGGACGUUCAAGGUUUAUUAGUGGAAGAAGAAGUUGACGAAGCAGAUUAGAUGGAAAUGGUAUCCGAAAUUGUAAAUGAAAUUGAUCCUGAGGACACUAGCACUAAUGAAGAUUGUGCUGUUAAUAAGUUAACAUUAAAAAUAUUAUAAGAAGGCCUAAGCUUAGCUGAAAAUCUCGAGUCAUUUUUCUUGAGAACAGAUCCUUCCAAAGAAAGAAGCCGAAAAUUCAAAAGGAAGUAUCGAAACUGUCUAGCUCCAUACCAAGAAAUUUACAAUGACCUGGUAAUAAACAACAAGCAAAGUAAAAUUACAAAUUUUUUAAAAAGGGACUUAAAAAAAAAAAA